CAAUGCUGCAGCAGAUGUUCAAGGGGGUCUCGAGGUGUACGUGCGCGCUUAUCCUCGAGUACUCCAGGAUCCGACGCAUACAGUACUUCCCUCACCCUCGUCUGCGAGGCCUGACUGCCUUGAAGUGCAGGCGCUUCGCUCGCUCUGGAUGGAAGGACGACGUCGACCGUCGUGUUGCUGGAGGGACAGUGCAUAGCAGCUCGAGGUAUGACAGGAGCCUGUCCGUUGUCGGAGGUGACGGGGUGUGGCAGAGGGGCUCAGGUGCGGGCUAUUGCAGGGGCUGCAGCUCCUUCCCCUGACCAGUCGGGACGUCGCUGUCCGCCUCGACGCAGUCACAAGUUGCCUGCUGAUGGUGAUGGAGCGACAGAGAGAAGAGGACAUGGUGCGACUGGUCACCUCAGACCCCAGCUGACAUCCUCCAGUCGUGCUGCCUCGGCGACCUCCUGCCCUUGAAGCAGCUGCUCUCCUGCGGUCAUGGCGACCCUCCGGCUCGGUGCGCGAGGCCUCUCACUUGCGUCGCUCAUGCUCCCUCAGGCUCUCGAGCCUCAUCUGGACCUUCAACCAGAGACCCGCCAGACCUCCAGGCCGAACGCCCCUCGCACGUGCGGCAGCCGCUGCAGGAGGAAACGCUGAGGAGGAGAAAGUGCCGCCUGCCACCAGCCCGACGGUCGUCACACAGAGGGGGAUAGGAAGAACCAGCUCCCUGCG